AGCCCAAUCCAACACGCCGAAAUCCCCCCACCGCACACCGGGCGCGCGGCGCAGGAGACCUCCACACCUCCACCGGCAGAGGCAAGCGCCGCUUUCCCCCUCGUCGCUGACUUCGCCGAUGCAAGCCACCGCCGUCUCCGCCAUGCUCUCCAGGCGAAGAUGCUUCGCGGCGGCGGCGAAUCGGAUCCGGCCGCUCUCCAGGGCCUUCUGCGACGCGCCGGCUUCUCGCGAGGAUGCGGCGCCAGGCGGGGUGCCCGGGUCGCAGGAUCGCACCCAGGAGGUUGGUGGCGUGAAGGCUGCGCCUGAUGUGCUCGACGUUGCUAUCGUUGGUGGAGGCAUGGUGGGCUUGGCUGUUGCUUGUGCAUUGUGUAGAUUGUUUUUUGGACUGCUUCGUCACGUUGUGCCUUGUAUGUUAAAAUUUCUCACAUUCUUGUACAUCCUGUAUGCAGCCAACAUGCCAUUGACAAAAAAUCUCAGAGUCGCCAUAAUCGACAGCAACCCUGCAUUGAAGUCACGAAAUUACCUGACUAAUAGCACUGUACCAGAUUCUAGGGUCAGUACUGUUACUCCUGCAACCAUUUCCUUCUUCAAAGAUAUUGGUGCGUGGGAGCAUGUUCAACAGCAAAGACAUGCUUUCUUUGGUAAAAUGCAGGUGUGGGAUUACACUGGACUUGGUUACACGAGGUAUAAUGCUCGAGAUGUGGGCAAAGAAUACCUUGGAUGCGUGGUGGAGAACAAGGUGCUUUGCAAUUCACUGCUCUUACGUUUACAGAAAUGUUUCCCUGGCCAGGAAGAAUUGGAUGACAUCGAAAAUGUGAUAUAUCCUACCAGAUUGGCUUCUCUAACUUUCCCGUCGAAGAGCAGACAAGCAGGAAUGAAGCCAACAUCAAGUGAACCAUUAUCUGUUGUUCAUUCUACAGAAGAGUUACAUCGCAGUAAUUUAGUAAAACUUGACCUGAGUGAUGGAAGGAGUUUAUAUUCCAAAUUGGUGAUAGGAGCUGAUGGUUCCAAGUCCAAUGUUAGACAGAUUGCAGGCAUAAAAACAACUGGGUGGAAUUAUCCACAAAGUGCAAUUAUCUGUACAGUGGAACAUGUUGUGGAAAAUGAUUGUGCAUGGCAGAGGUUUCUCCCUUCUGGUCCAAUUGCACUACUUCCAAUAGGCAACAACUUCAGCAACAUUGUAUGGACAAUGAGCCCAGAGGAUUCACUGCGCCAUAAGUCAAUGAGCCCUGAAGAGUUUGUGAUGUCAGUGAACCGUGCAUUGGAUUUUGGUUAUGGUCCGCAUCCUCGCUCUAAUGCCCUUGACCAUUUCAUGGGAAAAUUCUUUUCUGGCAUUGGGAAUACUGCAGCAUCUACAAAAGAAAGUUUUGAAGUACCACCAAGAGCAACUGGGGUAGUCUCUGAGAGAAUGGCAUUUCCAUUGUCAUUGAUGCACUCCCAUGAUUAUGUUUCAAAAAGGGUGGCAUUAGUUGGAGAUGCUGCUCAUACAGUCCACCCCUUAGCAGGCCAAGGCGUCAACUUGGGCUUUGGUGAUGCUGCUGCAUUAGCAAAAGUUAUUGCUGAAGGAGUUUCUGUGGGCUCAGAUGUAGGGGACCUUACUUUGCUGCGACGGUAUGAGAAGGACCGGAAGGCUGCCAAUGUGGCGAUGACAGCAGUGCUUGAUGGUUUCCAGAAGAUGUACUCUGUUGAUUUUGGACCCCUGAAUGUAGCAAGAGCAGCUGCCUUCCAUGGUGCCCAGUACAUAUCCCCAUUGAAGAGGAACAUCAUCUCUUAUGCAAUGGGCGACACGAAAUGGCCGAUAUUCUCAUGAUCAAUAGUAUUAUAAGCUUGUAUUAUGCACACCGUGUCUAUAGUUCUGGCUUGUACUGGAUCACUAAAACGUUGUAGAGCGGAUGCAAGGCAACAUGCAGUCAAUAAUUUUCUUUUGUGAAAGAAAAAAGAUCCUCAUGGUGUCA